AUGGUGAUGGCAUGCUACGCGACCAAGGUGGAGGCGCUGGUAUCCGAGUGCGGCGUCAGUCCGCUGUUGCCGGGCGUGGUGCGCAAGCUGUGGUUCCGCUACCUCACCACGCGCGAGGGCCAGGUCGCCAACAACGAAGCCUAUCGAAGCCGGCUCGCCAACCGCACGGCCAAGGCGAAGGCGAAGAGGAAGAAGGGGGUGGAGGGGGUGGAGGCGGAACCCAGCCAGGGUGAUGCGGUGACGGAGCAGGACCUGGAGCAGAGCAAGACGUGGCUCGACGAGAUGGGCCUCACCUCGCUCCUCUCCCCGUCGCCCUCCCAGCAAGACGAGAACGCGUGGCUCGUCGGCCAGGACAACGACGACGACGACAACAACAACGACAAAGGUCUGCAGAAGGAGGAGGAGAAGCCCGCGAAACCGGGGCGGAAGCGGAAACGCGAAGGCGACGGUGAUUACGAGCCCGACGAGAAGAAGGAGAGACGACGUAAGGAGGGGACGAAAUCCAUGCAAUCGCACGUUAAGCGGGCAAGGCUAGAAAACGGCGAAGAGGAGGAUGAGGAAGAAGGCAAGGCGAACAAGAAGAAACCGAAGACGGCCGGCGAGUGGAAGCGCACCAUCGAGACCGCAGACGCGCUGCCGCAGGUGACCGCCACGCUGACCUUCAACUAUGUGGCCUGCAACAUCCUCCAGGAACCCGUCGUCGCCCACGACUUGAUUCGGUGGGUUCGAAGCGGGCGUCUGCCGUACGAGGAGGUCUACAGCCUGAAGGACUUCAAGGACGCUCAGUCCUUUGAAGUGCGACCCCUGGACAAGCUGGAGUACCAGGCCUACAAUCUCAUCAACUACUUCGGCAUCGAGCAGGAGGCACCACCUCCCUUCUAUCCCACGCUCUGUCGGUUCGUCGAGGAGCUGCACCUGCCGCCGUCCCUCGGCCUCUUCAUCCACCACAUCUUCCAGCAGCCGCUCACAAACGGCCAACCAUAUCAAGUCGCGAGUGAGAAGAAAGAGGAGAGGGUCAUGAAGUUGCUCUACGGCCGAUCAAACGAUGGGCCGCACUACAUGGAGCGCGCGCUGGGGGCGAUCCUGGUUGCGCUCAAGCUGGUCUACGGCAGCGGCGACGAGCCGGCCCAUCCGCACGACCAGUACCGGGCGUUCGUCUUCCGCCAGAGCACCGCCACGCGCGGCCGGCCACGCACGAGAGGCCCCGCUGCUGCCGUGGACCCGUGGUACGCCCUGCCGGGCCCGGCCGCCGGCACGCUGCUCAACGAGAUGCCGCCCUUCGACGCGUGGAAGCACCGCAUGCGCAACCUCGUCUUCGGGCCUCUUCCGCGCGGCCAGAUUCCCUACUUCCCCAGUGAUUUCUGGCGGAUGGGGCCGCAUAACCUGAAAGACUACGUCGCCUACACCCAGGCCCUCUGGGGACUCGAGCCGCCAACACAUCUGAAGCCCGUGGUGCAGCAGCUGCAGGCCAGCUACGCGGACCGCGAAGAGAAGGCCGAAGACGACGACAAGGAGGAGGAGGAGGAGGAAGGCGAGACCGCGCAACGCCCCAGCCAUCGACGAUCGCCCUCCGCCGGCACCGGCGCCGAAGAGCCGUCAACGGCCAGUCAGGCUGCGCAGCCCUCGCCCACCCCGCCCGUGCUGCCGGCCAGCGAGUAUGUGACCUACUACUCCGGGAUUGUGCGCACCACCGAGGACUGGCAGCGCGCCGGCCUCCACCCCAACUACCGCACCAUCGUGGAGCUGGUGGCUGCCUUCUACGAACAGCGACCGCACAAUCUGCACAAUGUGGCGGUCACCCUCGAGGGCGUCAUGGGCCUGCGCGCGAAAAAAAGAAGAUAA